AGGACCCUUUUUAUUUGUUCCCGCAUAAUUCAUCACCUCCCUCUUUUGUUGUUUUGCAAAUUAAUAUUAAUAACUAUAAUACUAAAAUUCACCAUCUUCACGAACCCAGAAAUUCAUUCAGAUCAAUAAUUGUUCUUCUUCUUCUUCUUCUUUUGAUCAAUCAAUCAAUCAUUCUCUCUCCGACGAAGAAGGAGAAGAAGAAGACGAAGAGAGUGAUGCAAAUGGCUCCGAUUCCUUCGGAGAAUGGCGUCGAAGGAGACGACGAGAGGGAGGAAGAAGAGGACGAAGAGGAAGAGGAAGAGGAAGAGGAAGAAGAUGAAGAGGAAGAAGAGGAAGAGCCGAGGCUUAAGUACCAGAGAUUGGGAGGGAGUAUUUCUUUGCUGCUCGCCACCGAUGCCGCCUCCUGCGUGGCCGUUGCCGAGCGGAUGAUCGCGCUCGGAACUCAGGGCGGGACCGUUCAUAUACUCGAUUUUCUCGGGAAUCAGGUCAAGGAAUUUAAUGUUCAUACUGCUGCAGUAAACGACCUUGGCUUUGACAUGGAAGGUGAAUACAUAGGAAGUUGUUCAGAUGAUGGAUCUGUUGUAAUAAACAGCCUUUUCACUGAUGAAAAUAUGAAGUUUGAGUACCAUCGUCCUAUGAAGGCUAUUGCAUUAGACCCGGAUUAUUCCAAGAAAACGUCUAGAAGAUUUGUAGCUGGUGGUUUAGCUGGUCAUUUAUAUUUUAAUUCUAAGAAAUGGCUGGGCUUCCGAGACCAGGUCUUGCACUCGGGUGAAGGUCCAAUACAUGCAGUUAAGUGGAGAGGAAAUCUUAUUGCAUGGGCAAAUGAUGCUGGUGUGAAAGUUUACGAUGCUGCUAAUGAUCAACGUAUUACAUUUAUUGAAAGACCGCGAGGAAGCCCACGACCUGAGAUUUUGCUCCCCCACUUGGUUUGGCAGGAUGAUACAUUAUUAGUCAUUGGCUGGGGAACAUCCGUGAAAAUUGCAGCAAUAAGGACAAAUCAGCAGAGAGCAACCAAUGGGACGUAUAAGCUUGUUCCGCUGUCUAGUAUGAAUCAAGUUGAUAUUGUGGCAUCUUUCCAGACCAGCUAUCACAUCUCUGGAAUUGCACCCUUUGGUGAUUCUUUGGUUGUUCUGGCCUAUAUUCCUGGUGAAGAAGAUCGGGAAAAGGAUUUCAGUAGCUCCAUCACAUCACGGCAGGGAAAUGCACAAAGACCAGAAGUACGGAUUGUAUCAUGGAAUAACGAUGAACUUUCAACGGAUGCCCUACCUGUACAUGGCUUUGAGCAUUACAAGGCAAAAGACUAUUCUCUUGCUCAUGCUCCUUUCUCAGGUAGCAGCUAUGCCGGUGGGCAAUGGGCUGCAGGCGAUGAACCCCUGUAUUAUAUUGUAUCCCCAAAGGACGUAGUCAUCGCAAAACCUAGGGAUGCUGAGGAUCAUAUAGCUUGGUUGCUUGAACAUGGAUGGCACGAAAAAGCUUUGGCUGCAGUUGAAGCAGGACAGGGUCGCAGUGAACUCCUUGAUGAGGUUGGAUCUAGAUACCUUGAUCAUUUGAUUGUGGAAAGAAAAUAUGCUGAAGCUGCAUCUUUGUGCCCUAAAUUGUUGCAAGGAUCUGCUUCAGCGUGGGAAAGAUGGGUUUUCCAUUUCGCUCAACUUCGUCAGCUUCCUGUAUUGGUUCCAUAUAUACCAACUGAAAACCCCAGACUGCGUGAUACUGCUUAUGAGGUUGCUCUUGUAGCCCUGGCUACAAAUCCAUCUUUCCAUAAGGAUCUUUUGUCGACUGUUAAAUCAUGGCCAUCUGUGUUAUAUUCUGCAUUGCCCGUUAUCUCAGCCAUUGAACCUCAGCUAAAUACUUCAUCAAUGACUGAUGCUCUCAAAGAGGCACUAGCUGAGCUGUAUGUAAUUGAUGGGCAAUUUGAGAAAGCAUUUUCACUAUAUGCUGAUCUUAUGAAGCCAGACAUAUUUGACUUCAUUGAGAAGCAUAACCUACACGAUUCUAUAAGGGAAAAGGUUGUUCAACUAAUGAUGCUGGACUGCAAGCGUGCUGUUUCUUUGUUACUUCAACAUAAGGAUUUAAUUACUCCAUCAGAAGUUGUCGCACAGCUUCUAAAUGCAAGAAUAAAGUGUGACUUACGAUAUUUCUUGCAUCUAUAUCUGCAUUCAUUAUUUGAAGUAAAUCCUCACGCUGGAAAGGAUUAUCAUGAUAUGCAGGUUGAGCUUUAUGCAGAUUAUGAUCCAAAGAUGAUGCUUCCUUUUCUUCGUAGCAGUCAACAUUAUACACUCGAGAAGGCAUAUGAAAUAUGCGUCAAAAGAGAUCUUUUGAGGGAGCAGGUAUUCAUUCUUGGGAGGAUGGGAAACGCGAAACAAGCUCUUGCUGUAAUUAUUAAUCAAUUAGGUGAUAUUGAAGAGGCCGUGGAGUUUGUUACGAUGCAGCAUGAUGAUGAGCUUUGGGAAGAAUUGAUUAAGCAAUGUCUUUACAAACCAGAAAUGGUCGGCAUGUUGUUGGAACACACAGUUGGCAAUCUUGACCCUCUCUAUAUUGUGAACAUGGUUCCAAAUGGCCUGGAGAUACCGAGGCUUAGGGAUCGGCUAGUCAAAAUCAUCACUGAUUAUAGGACAGAAACAUCUCUUAGACAUGGGUGUAAUGCUAUCCUCAAAGCGGAUUGUGUCAACCUCCUGGUUAAAUACUACAAUGAGGCAAAACAUGGAAUUUACUUAAGCAAUGAAGAAAACGAAGCACGAGGGAUAAGGAACGACAGCAGAGCUCCUCAAGCAAUUGAGAAAUCUUUGAGUAUUAGAAACAUGAGUGUCAAGUCAAAAACUAGGGGAGGGGGAAGGUGUUGCAUGUGUUUCGAUCCUUUCUCCAUUCGAGGUGUCUCGGUCAUUGUAUUUUUCUGUUGUCAUGCCUAUCAUACGACUUGUCUUAUGGACUCCACCUAUACGAGUGCCAAUAAAGCGAGUGGGACUACUCGGGACCAAGUGUCAGAAUAUGAGUACGAUAAUGGUUAUGAUGAUAAUGACGAUGAUGAUGCCGAAUCGGGUACCCCUCGUAUGCGUUGCAUCCUAUGCACUACUGCUGCUAGUUGAGUUACGCGAUACGAGCAUGUGUGUGUGUGCGCUUCUAGUGUAACCGUAUAUUUCUACUGUGAAUAGGGCGUUUUUUAUGUGGGGCUUUAACGGCCUGCAUCAUGAUAUUUAUUAUUUUGUCUCAUGUUUUUUGUUGAGAUAUCGAUUUGUGUAUUAUAUGACCACAGUGAGCGGCUUUUUUCUUUUCGCUUCUCUGUUUGCUGAGCAUUCUUGUAUCGAUUCGCCCUACCUUUUGUUUUCAGUUUCUGGUUUUCCUAGCUUUCGGGUACGCUAGUUGCUAAAUUGUGGGAGUGGAAAUGUACCAUAUUUGUUGUAAUAGUAAAAAUUUGAUUCAUGCUAGAGAAA